CACCUUUAUUUAUGUGCUGAACAGCGGAAGUGCAACCAAAUGUUUUCAUGAGCAACAAGCUCAGCAGAAGAAAGCAGACGCUGGUGUCUUAAAAGUUCAGAUCUUACUUUUAAUGUAGAAUGGAUUCUAAGGAGAAACUAAGUGACACAAGUGACAAGUGGCUUGAUGCCUAUAAUGACAGAGUUGCAUCACUUUACACAUUUACACAGUGUAUGACACUGUCUGACAUCAAAGCAGAUGGGGAUUGGAAGCUCAUCAUAGCAGAUCUGGGAACUGGCAGUUACGAUAUGAAAUUAAAAGUGUACAAAAAUACUAACCUAAUGAGUGAACACACUAUCAUGGACUUGCCUACUGGUGUUGUGACAUUCUACUUGGACACACUAGAACCACGAACACCAGCUAUUGCAGUAGCUUCUGGACCCUACAUUUACAUCUACAAAAAUCUGCGUCCAUAUUUCAAGUUUACAUUGCCUCCAUUAGAAAUUCACCCUGUUGAGCAGGAUUUGUGGGAUCAGGCCAGACAGGAUCAUGUAAGCCCCAUCAUCAUGAAGGAGACUUUAGAAAGCCUAAGGCAGGAGGGAGCUACUUUGACAACACGAUCAUUGCGACUGCUACAGCUGGAUCCUUCUGAUUUAGACACUUUUAUUCAAGUCCAAAAAUCUGCCCCAUUAAAGCGUCAGACAGUCAUCACAUGCUUAGGUACACUGAAAAAGAAUCUGGCAGAUGAUGAUGCAAUAAGCUGUCUUGUCAUUGGAACAGAAAGCAAAGCCAUUUAUGUACUUGAUCCUGAAGCAUUUACUGUUCUGGCCACGAUGGAGCUUCCUAGUGUACCAGUCUUCCUUAGUGUAAAUGGACUGUAUGAUGUUGAAUAUCGUAUUGUAACCUCUUGUAGAAAUGGCUGUGUUUACACUAUUAAAAGGGGUUCAAAUGAAGCUGUGGUCAAGCAUACUAUAGAAUUAAAAUCACAGCCAGUUGGUAUGGAACGAAUUGGUAAGAACAUAUAUGUGGGAACCAUGGAUCAGAUGCUACACUGCUUCACAGCGAAGGGUAAAAAAUUAUGGUCCAUUAAAAUGCCAGCAACAAUCAUGACAUUGGAGGCCAUUGACUUUAAGCCCAAAGGUUUCAGUGGGGUUGCAGUUGCUCUUGGCAAUAGCCAGGUGCAGAUCUACAAGGAAAAAUACCUAACAGAUGUCAUUCACACAGAGGAUGUGGUUACAGGACUUCGUUUUGGACAUUUUGCCAGGGAAGAUGGAACCCUCGUCAUGACAACUCGAUCCGGCAGUCUGUUUGUCAAGAUCCUGAAGCGUACUGCCAAGUUUGAGGAAAGAGAUUUGUCAGCAGGACCGCCAGCUGCCCAGAAUGUCAAGCUGAAUGUGCCCAAGAAAACUAAACUUUUUGUUGACCAGACACUCAGAGAACGGGAAAAUGCUGUAGCAAUGCACAGAACUUUCCAGAGAGACUUGUAUUUGCUACGACUGAAUGUUGCCCGUGAAUAUGUAAAGGCACUUGAGAACAGCAUGAAUCCCAUCUCAUCCGAUCCCACAGAGCCUCUCAAGCUUACAGCUCAGGUACAAGGUGUGGGCCCAACCUUCAGACUGACGGUGAACCUUCAGAAUACAUCCUUAACUCAAGUUUCUACUUCAUUACUAAUUACAUUUGAAUAUGAUGAUAAAUUGUACUCUUUUCACAAGAAACUAAUUCAGGUUCCUAUGCUAGUUCCUGGAUUAAUGUAUCUAUAUGAAUCAUUCAUUGACUGUCUUAGUGACAAGGGUGUCUCGGACACUGUCAAGGUAUAUGUUCUGAAGCAAGGCAGAAGUAUGCCAUUGAUCACUGGUGUUAUAAGCAUGCCAGUCUCGGAGGCUGUGGUCUUAUCUUGAAGAACAGUCUUUGUAUUUUUGCCAAGAGAUCAUUCUGAUUUUCAAGUGUUUUUAUUAUUAUUAAUUUUUUUUUUGGAACAUGAGAGUCGUACUCUUGUUCUUUUUGCAUUUUUCCACUAAUUCAAUUCUGAACAGCUAAAUGGUAGGUGUGUUUUACUUCUGUGCACAAGGUAUCAAAACUAAAUUCUUGAAAAGAUUUAAGAAAAGAGAAUGUCAUUCAAGCAUUCAGUCAUGAAGUCAUCUUAAAGCACUCCUUAGUAAUUUUUUUUAAAUACCCAGGUUCCUUCACAUCAGCAGAGAUAUUUUAAUUACAGUCCUUGCAGCUGCCAGGGAUCUGUCUUUGCUCAUGCUUUUUUUUCCAGCUAUUGCAAUUUCUUCUUUACUUUCUUAGUUUCUGUUUGACUCUUUUUUCAGAAAUGAGAACAUUACAGUUUAAUAUACAGAGAGAGAGAAAAUACACUCCUACUGUUGUGAAUGGUGUGAAUAUAUUUUAUAGGAUGCAUGCUGUAUAUGCAAUACUGUUUUUACAUGAUGCAAGGAGUUUGAGGCAGGAUAUUACCCCAUACAUGGCAUACAUGUCGAAAUAUGGUGCAAUGAUUCACACGAGAAGUCAUUGCUCACUAGUCUAAUGGUUCAAUAUUGUCACCUAUGACUUUUUUAAUUUGUGCAUUGUUGAAGAUAAACACUGAGAGGCAGGGUUUUCACAUUCAAUACUAAAGUUUGUGAAGCUGUUAAGGAAUAGUUUUCUCAACAGCUACCUAUUACAUGAGAGUGUUCAUAGACUCUUGAUACAAAGAUACUUGUUCAAAUGUUGACAAUGUCUGUGUGUAGCACAAACAUGAAGCCUUAUUCACAUAUCAUUGUUUAUGUACAUAUUGUUAUAUAAUAAAAUCUAGAGUAAGAGUGUAGUUCAUUUGGAUUACUCUUAUAAACUGACAGGAUGUCACCUGAACACUUACUGAAUUUUCUGCUACUUCUUCUAAAUAGAAUUUUGUGUUACGACAAGCAGGCAUAUCAAAAUGUGUAGAGCAGAUCCCCUGUUUUUCUCCUCCCUCCCAAACAAAUGUCAGUAUAUGGGUAUAUAAGCAACAACCGAAUAGCAGUUAACCUAGUGCUUACAGGAACCACGACUAAACCAGCAGGUGUGCAUACUAACCAGCAGGAUGGGAUAUGGAAUCUGGGUUUGUCAGCUUUCAGCUGACGGUGGUCAUGCAGUACAUUUUCACCAUCUAUUAUGCUACUGACCUUAGACAAUAUACAGAAAGCCGUAUUGCAGCCUCCUAUUGGCUGCCAUGCUAAUAGUUGUGCAGAAAAUUUAUACCACGAUGAGAAGGUAUGUUGAUGUCAUCCCCCAGCCUCCCCUCCAACCAAAGACUUGGUUGGCAGCUGGAAGUAGUGUUUACUUCACAUUAUGCCUCAUUGGCCCAUGCCUCAACAACCUUAACUCAUGAACAUGCAGAUUAUAUGUAUGGCUAUUCAUGAUCUAACAUGAAUAUCUAAUAAGAACGAGAUAAUUUGCAAGUGAAAUGAUGGAUGUUUGGUCUCUGGACGUCAUGUGAGGAAAGACUAGGAGGGUGAGCAUCCCAGUAUCAAUAUUUCCUGUCUGUGGUACUUAUAUACCAGCUGUCAUAUGUGUACGUGUGGAUAGCACUUUACAGACACCUAAAAAAUGUAUUAAUACGUACAGCAUUUUAACAAAUUUUAUUAUUUUUUGAAAGUUUCAAUCACAGUUGAUUAACGAUACAAACUAUAAGAGCACACAUUUCUUACAGCUAACUUUACGAGUUUAAUACAAUAGUAUGCAAACUGUACACUCAACACAAGGAAAGGGAACUGUACAACAUAACUGAUAUUUAUAUUUGUCAUAAAAUAAUCUGUAUGGGGAGGUGAUUGUGUUUUCUUUGUUGAUACUGUAGGAUAUACAAUUUAUUUUAUGUACAAACAUGGAGCUCAAAAAUACAGACAUGGAAGAUAACGAUUUGUUUUUACAAUAGUAUAUUAUCACUAGAAGUUUCUACAAAAAUAAACUUUUGGACUAAAUGUGAUGAUAGGUAAGGAUACGUCAUCUAGAUGGUAACAAAAAACAAAAGCAGCUCACGAUGAAUUUAUUUAUUGCAAUACACAGUUUUAAGAUCAUUAAAAUUCUAGCACUAGGAAAGAAUGGAGGAUAUAAAGUAAAGCUGAAUGAAAUAAUACAGUAAGAGCAUAAUAGUAAAACCUAAAGGCAAAAUCUAUACAGAAAAGCAAUAAAAAAUAUUGGUAUCCAAUAGAUCAGAAAGAUGGGAUGGGGGCGAUGCUUUGAGCAUCACCAACCAAAACAGGUUGCUUGAGGAAACGCAUCACAUCACAGGUAGUUCUGUUUAGUUCACACUCGGUAACUUUUAGAAGAAAAGCACCAUUAUAUAUGUCUACACCGUCACCAAUGCAAAUACCUUUUAUGUCAACACGGUCACAGAAAGCUGAACUGCAAAUGAAGCCGUCACCAAAGGUUGCACAUCCGUAAAUAUCAGUGGUCCACAUUUACGGCCCCUCGAUCUUUGGAAACAGCAAACAAUGAGUACCCUCUGGGUACAGGAACCAGCAGGCAAUUAAUAUUCCAGUCAUAGGAAACAGCAGACAACAAGUGCCCUCCAGUCAUAGAAAAUAGUAAUGCAAUGAAUUCCCCGGUGAAAAGAAACAGUAGACAAUGAGCUUGCCUUGGUCACCUUGCACAAACUUCCAACAAUGAUGGCAUCAAAGACUGUUUAUUGACCCUAUACACGUCCUUGCUGCAACAGUGUGCACCCUAGGGGUGGAGAGGUAGGGGGAAAGGGAAGUAGCAAUGUCUGUGGCUGCAGCAGAUAAAUUGUUUCCAAAGAGAUCCAGUAAACGACUAUAGGCUGAAAGUGUAAUAACCUGUGAAGUGAGGGAGGAAAUGUAGAGACUCACACCAUUGUAUGACAGAGUUAGUGGCUGUGCAAACACACAUCAUAAAGAUAAGACGAGGUACAACAACGAGGGCGACAACGAUGAUGAAAAAAAGAGAGGGAGGGGGAACCAGGUAGACAAUAAAAUGACUGGAAACUUCUUUCUAAUACAUUCAUUACAGAAAAUAUGACAAUUAAUUCAUAAUCUGAUGAAGUCGGCUCCCCAUUUUUUUCAAAGCAGAGACUCUAGCACAUGCACAGUUUUGAUACGGCUUCUCCAUCUUCCUUUUCGCACCGAGCUGGGCAGCGCACGUGCACAUCGUCACUUAUUUCAUCAGCGCACGCUGUGAUCAGCUUCAAACCCUAGCCCAGACCCAGCACAAACCCCAACAAUUCUGGAGUUCACUAGCUAAAAUAAGUCGCUUCCUGCUCGAAAUGCUUACCCCAGCCAGCAAAGGAACUCAUUAUUACUACAUUUUUGUGAACGGCCUUCUUAGCCGGCCACAUUGUCGAGUUUGUUUUUUGUUUGUUUGUUUUUUUUUUUUUGGAAGUCAUGAUAAAAUCUUCCAUAGUCGACAGUGUGUCAGGUAAAUAAGGUCAUAUGGGCUGGGCAAACUAUCACUCAGAAAUUAAAAGCCGAUAAAUCCAAACAAGAAAAGGUAAGAUCUGAUAGUCAUUAUCCUAACUUGCUGGCCACAAACAAAACGUUUGAGUGAUACAGAGCUAAUAAUAGUAACUGCAAGAAAAA